CGUUCCGCGUGGAAAUCCGUCCGGUUGCCCUGCUCCAACGGCCGGAGGCUUUAAGCGUCGGGCUGUGUGCUCUGACACGGACGCCUCCCAGCCCCUCUUCACGGGCUGCCGCUACUUUAAGCGGCCUUUACGAGCUCUCGUGCACGCUCCGUUUCAGGGCUGAGCCAACCCCCUUGCCGUCCACACAGUACUUAAGGGGAAGCGUCUGAAAAGAACCUCCAGCAUCUUCAGUGCGAGUUCCUCCUGUUUUUACGUCACCAUUUUCUCACUCAUUUCUUAAAACCUGGACUUUCUCGUAAUUAUCCGGGUGAACACCGACUUUGUUUCUCCUCCCUAAUUCCGGGAUGUGGAGUGGCGCCUUCUCUAAAGGAAAAGUAUGCGGUGGCGAGGCCCGUCCGGUGAUUUCCUAGAAGCAUGAUUGUUUGUUGCACUUGAUCUCACAACCUGGUGAGGACUUCUUUACUGAUAAUGUCAAGUUCAGGUUAUCCUCCCAACCAAGGAGCAUUCAGCACAGAGCAAAGUCGUUAUCCUCCCCACUCUGUUCAGUACACCUUUCCCAGCACCCGUCACCAGCAGGAGUUUGCAGUCCCUGAUUAUCGUUCUUCUCAUCUCGAAGCCAGUCAGGCCUCACAGCUCUUGCAGCAGCAGCAGCAGCAGCAGCUUCGCAGACGACCUUCCCUGCUUUCAGAGUUUCACCCAGGUUCUGACAGGCCUCAAGAAAGGAGAACUGGAUAUGAGCAGUUUCACCCAGGCCCUUCCCCGGCAGAUCAUGAUUCACUGGAAUCCAAGCGACCACGUCUGGAGCAGGUUUCUGAUUCCCAUUUCCAGCGGGUCAGUGCUGCGGUCUUACCUUUAGUGCACACGCUGCCAGAAGGGGUGAGGUCUUCUGCAGAUGCUAAGAAGGAUCCAGCAUUUGGAGUCAAACAUGAAGCUCCUUCCUCUCCAAUCUCUGGGCAACCAUGUGGAGAUGAUCAAAAUGCUUCACCUUCAAAACUUUCAAAGGAAGAGUUAAUACAGAGUAUGGAUCGUGUAGAUCGAGAAAUUGCAAAAGUAGAACAGCAGAUCCUUAAACUGAAAAAGAAACAACAACAGCUUGAAGAAGAAGCUGCUAAACCUCCAGAGCCUGAGAAGCCUGUGUCACCUCCUCCCGUGGAGCAGAAACACCGCAGUAUUGUCCAAAUUAUUUACGAUGAAAAUCGGAAAAAAGCAGAAGAAGCUCAUAAAAUAUUUGAAGGUCUUGGCCCAAAAGUUGAACUGCCACUCUAUAACCAGCCAUCAGAUACCAAAGUGUAUCAUGAGAACAUCAAGACUGGAGUACCUGCAAGGCGCAUGAUGAAAAACCAGGUGAUGAGGAAAAAACUCAUUUUAUUUUUUAAAAGAAGAAAUCAUGCAAGAAAACAAAGGGAGCAAAAAAUCUGCCAACGUUAUGAUCAGCUCAUGGAGGCAUGGGAGAAAAAAGUGGACAGAAUAGAAAAUAAUCCUCGGAGGAAAGCUAAAGAAAGCAAAACAAGGGAGUAUUAUGAAAAGCAGUUUCCAGAAAUUCGAAAACAAAGAGAACAGCAAGAACGGUUUCAGCGAGUUGGGCAGAGGGGAGCUGGUCUUUCAGCCACCAUUGCUAGGAGUGAACAUGAGAUUUCUGAAAUUAUUGAUGGGCUCUCUGAACAGGAGAAUAAUGAGAAACAAAUGCGACAGCUCUCUGUGAUCCCACCUAUGAUGUUUGAUGCAGAACAGAGAAGGGUCAAGUUCAUUAACAUGAAUGGGCUUAUGGAGGACCCUAUGAAGAUUUAUAAAGAUAGGCAGUUCAUGAAUGUUUGGACUGACCAUGAGAAGGAGAUCUUUAAGGACAAGUUUAUCCAGCAUCCAAAAAACUUUGGACUAAUUGCAUCUUACUUGGAAAGGAAGAGUGUUCCUGAUUGUGUUUUAUAUUACUACUUAACCAAGAAAAAUGAGAAUUAUAAAGCCCUAGUAAGAAGGAACUAUGGAAAACGCAGAGGAAGAAACCAGCAGCAAAUUGCCCGACCCUCACAAGAAGAAAAAGUAGAAGAAAAAGAAGAAGAUAAAGCAGAAAAAACAGAAAAAAAAGAGGAGGAAAAGAAAGAUGAAGAAGAAAAAGAUGAAAAGGAGGACUCUAAAGAAAACACCAAGGAAAAGGAUAAGACAGAAAGUACAGCAGAAGAAACUGAGGAGAGAGAGCAGGCCACGCCCCGGGGCCGAAAGACUGCCAACAGUCAGGGCCGCCGAAAGGGCCGGGUCACCAGGUCCAUGACCAGUGAGGCCGCAGCUGCCAGCGCUGCGGCUGCUGCAGCCACCGAGGAGCCCCCCCCACCUCUGCCACCGCCGCCAGAACCCAUUUCUACAGAACCUGUAGAAACCUCUCGAUGGACAGAAGAAGAAAUGGAAGUUGCUAAAAAAGGUCUAGUAGAACAUGGUCGUAACUGGGCAGCGAUUGCCAAGAUGGUGGGGACUAAAAGUGAAGCCCAAUGUAAAAACUUCUAUUUUAACUAUAAGAGACGACACAAUCUUGACAACCUCUUGCAGCAGCAUAAACAGAAAGCCUCACGGAAGCCUCGUGAAGAGCGAGAUGUGUCUCAGUGUGAAAGUGUAGCUUCCACCGUUUCUGCUCAGGAGGACGAGGACAUCGAAGCCUCCAAUGAAGAGGAAAAUCCCGAGGACAGUGAAGGUGCUGAAAAUAGUUCUGGUACAGAAAGUGCUCCUUCUCCUUCACCAGUUGAAGCUGUCAAGCCCGGCGAAGACAGCACUGAAAACGCGCCUCCUCGGGGGACCACGCCCGACCCCGUGCCCAGGGCCUCUCCGUCGCCGGCAGUUCCGAGCACAGAAGCAGCCGAGGAUGCCAGUGUGGAGACCCAGGCGAACGACAGCGUGGCAGUGGACACAGCAGAGCCGAUGGACGUGGGGCACAGGGAGUGCGGGGCUGAAGGCACUUCUGCUCUGGACCUCCCCUUGGCCACCAAGGCUGACGCUGCGGACGUGGAAAUGCCAGAAAGCAGUCCAUGCAGAGUCGAAGGGGACCCCAAAGACAGAGAUCUGGAGAGAGGCAGCGAGAAGCCGGAGCCUGGAGGCGACGACCUAGGGGUGGCCCAGCAGAUGAGCGCCCCGAGGCCCGAGCUCCCCUCUGACCACGACUCCAGUGCCACGUGCAGUGCCGACGAGGAUGUGGACGGGGAACCCGAGAGGCAGCGAAUGUUUCCUGUGGAUUCAAAACCUUCAUUGUUAAACCCCACUGGAUCUAUACUGGUCUCGUCCCCAAUAAAACCAAAUCCACUGGACCUGCCACAGCUUCAGCAUCGAGCUGCUGUCAUCCCGCCAAUGGUUUCCUGCACCCCAUGUAACAUACCGAUUGGAACUCCAGUGAGCGGCUUCGCCCUCUACCAGCGACACAUCAAAGCCAUGCAUGAGUCAGCGCUUCUGGAGGAGCAGCGGCAGAGGCAGGAGCAGAUGGACCUGGAGCGCAGGGGUUCUGCGAGCCCGCGUGGCGCCCCCAAGAGCCCAAACAGAGAGUGGGAAGGAAAAUCAGUCGCCUAUAUGCCUUAUGCUGAGGUCACACGUGCUCUAGCACAGGAAGCACAGAUGCGCAGUACCGCAGCAAGGUCAGCAUCACCGUGUAGGCUCUCUCCGAGAGAAGUCAGUAAAGCUGCGCCACAGCCCGAUGUGAGUGCAGCCCGCUGUAGUGUCCCGUCAGUCCUCCAGCCUGCUCCGCAUCAAGUGAUAACUAACCUCCCUGAAGGGGUUCGGCUUCCAACAACUCGACCCACUAGGCCACCUCCUCCUCUCAUCCCAUCAUCCAAAACCACAGUGGCUUCAGAAAAACCAUCUUUUAUACUGGGAGGCUCCAUCUCACAGGGAACACCCGGCACUUACUUGCCUUCUCCUAAUCAGGCCUCCUAUGCUCCCGAGGCAGCGAAGCCCUCGGCGGGCUCCAUCUCUCUGGGACUGCCGCGGCAGCAGGAGGCCGCCAAGCCAGCUACUGUGCCCUACAUCAAGCAAGAAGAGUUUUCUCCCCGAAGCCAAAACUCGCAACCUGAGGGUUUAUUGGUCAGAGCCCAACAUGAAGGAGUGGUCAGAGGUACCACAGGAGCCAUUCAAGAAGGAAGUAUAACUCGGGGAACUCCCUCCAGCAAACUUUCUGUGGAGAGCAUCCCAUCCCUCCGGGGCUCUAUCACCCAGGGGACCCCGGCUCUGUCCCAGGCUGGCAUACCAACUGAGGCUUUGGUGAAGGGACCCAUUUCUAGACUGUCCAUUGAAGAGAGCAGUCCUGAGAAAGGCCGAGAGGAAGCUGCAUCCAAAGGCCAUGUUAUUUAUGAAGGCAAAAGUGGACACAUCUUAUCUUACGAUAAUAUUAAGAAUGCCCGAGAAGGGACGAGGAGUCCGAGAACAGCUCAUGAAAUCAGUCUCAAAAGAAGCUAUGAAUCAGUGGAAGGAGCUCUAAAGCAAGGGUUGUCCAUGAGGGAGUCUCCUGUGUCAGCACCGCUGGAGGGGCUGAUCUGCCGAGCAUUACCCAGGGGGAGCCCUCACUCUGACCUCAAAGAAAGGACUGUGCUGUCUGGUUCCAUAAUGCAGGGCACACCAAGAGCGACAACUGAAAGUUUUGAAGAUGGCCUUAAGUACCCCAAACAGAUUAAAAGGGAGAGUCCGCCCAUACGAGCGUUUGAAGGUGCCAUUACCAAAGGAAAACCUUACGAUGGCAUCACCACCAUCAAAGAGAUGGGGCGCUCCAUCCAUGAGAUCCCACGGCAAGAUGUUUUAACUCAGGAAAGCCAGAAAACCCCAGAAGUGGUGCAGAGCACGAGGCCCAUGGUCGAGGGCUCCAUCUCCCAGGGCACACCCGUCAAGUCUGACAGCAGUUCAGGCCAAUCCGCCAUCAAGCACAACGUCAAGUCCUUGGUCGCGGGGCCUAGCAGACUGCCCCGUGGGCUGCCUCCACUGGAAAUUAGGCCAGAGAGCAUAAAAGCGGUCGAACGGGGAAAAUACGAGGACGUGAAAGCAGGCGAGCCUGUGCGUUCCCGGCACACGUCGGUGGUAAGCUCUGGCCCCUCGGUUCUCAGGUCAACGCUUCACGAAGCCCCCAAAGCACAGCUGAGCCCGGGGAUUUACGAGGACGCCAGCGCACGGCGGACGCCGGGGAGUUACGCCAGCACUGCGCCCAGAGGCUCGCCCAUGAUGAGCAGAGCUCCCGAUGUUACGAUUUCUUCUAGCAAGUCUACCAGUCAUGAAAGGAAAUCGACACUGACCCCUACACAGAGGGAAAGCAUCACAGCGAAGUCUCCAGUUCCUGGGGUAGACCCUGCAGUGAGCCACAGCCCUUUUGAGCCGCACCACAGGGGCGGUGCCCCAGGGGAGGUUUACCGGAGCCAUCUGCCCACACAUCUGGACCCAGCCAUGCCGUUUCACCGGGCUCUGGAUCCUGCAGCUGCUGCUUACCUGUUCCAGAGACAGCUGUCACCAACUCCAGGUUACCCCAGUCAGUAUCAGCUCUAUGCGAUGGAGAACACGCGGCAGACGAUCCUCAACGACUACAUCACCUCACAGCAGAUGCAAGUGGGCCUGCGCCCGGACGUGGCCAGAGGGCUGUCCCCCCGGGAGCAGCAGCUGGGUCUUCCGUACCCAGCAACCAGGGGAAUCAUUGACCUGACCAAUAUGCCCCCAGCAAUUUUAGUGCCUCAUCCAGGGGGAACAAGCACUCCCCCCAUGGACAGAAUCACUUACAUUCCUGGAACACAGGUCACCUUCCCUCCGCGGCCGUACAACUCUGCGUCCAUGUCUCCAGGACACUCAACACACCUCGCGGCUGCGGCAAACGCUGAAAGAGAGCGGGAGCGGGAGAAGGAGCGGGAGCGCCUCGCCGCAGCCCCCUCGGACCUCUGCCUGCGGCCAGGCUCAGAACAGCCCGGCCGGCCCAGCAGCCACGGCUACGUUCGCUCCCCGUCUCCUUCAGUCAGAGCUCAGGAGACCCUGUUGCAGCAGAGACCCAGCGUUUUCCAGGGAACCAACGGAACCAGCGUGAUCACACCUUUGGACCCGAGCGCACAGCUACGGAUCAUGCCGCUGCCUGCUGGGGGCCCUUCCAUCAGCCAGGGCCUGCCGGCGUCCCGUUACAAUACUGCUGCGGACGCCCUGGCUGCUCUUGUGGACGCCGCAGCGUCUGCUCCCCAGAUGGACGUGUCCAAAACAAAAGAGAGUAAGCAUGAAGCUGCCAGGUUAGAAGAAAAUUUGAGGAGCAGGUCAGCAGCAGUUAGUGAGCAGCAGCUAGAGCAGAAAAGCCUGGAGGCGGAGAAGAGACCCGGUCAGUGUCUGUACGCUUCUUCAGCCCUGCCGAGUGGCAAGCCCCAGCCCCAGUCUGCAGUAGUUUACUCUGAGGCUGGGAAAGAGAGAGGGCCUCCUCCAAAAUCCAGAUAUGAGGAAGAGCUAAGGACCCGAGGGAAGACUACCAUUACCGCAGCUAACUUCAUAGACGUGAUCAUCACCCGGCAGAUUGCCUCGGACAAGGACGCGAGGGAACGUGGCUCCCAGAGUUCAGACUCUUCCGGUAGCUUAUCUUCUCACCGGUAUGAAACACCUGGCGAUGCCAUUGAGGUGAUAAGCCCUGCCAGCUCCCCCGCGCCGCCCCCCGAGAGGCUGCAGGCCUACCAGCCGGAGGUCGUGAAGGCGAGCCAGGCAGAAAACGAAGCCUGCAGGCAGUACGAAGGACCGCUGCACCACUAUCGGCCGCAGCCGGAGUCGCCCUCCCCGCAGCCGCCGCCGCCCCCAUCUUCACAGGCCGAGGGGGUGGGGCAGGUGCCCAGGACACACCGACUCAUCACACUUGCUGAUCACAUCUGUCAAAUUAUCACGCAAGAUUUUGCUAGAAAUCAAGUUCCGUCACAGCCUCCCCAGCAGCCUCCCACUUCUACAUUCCAAAAUUCACCGUCUGCUUUGGUGUCUACACCCGUGAGGACUAAAACAUCAAACCGUUAUAGCCCAGAAUCCCAGUCUCAGUCUCUUCACCAUCAAAGACCAGGUUCAAGGGUCUCUCCAGAAAAUCUUGUGGACAAAUCCAGGGGAAGUAUCAGGCCUGGAAAGUCCCCAGAGAGGAGUCACGUCUCUAGCGAGCCCUACGAGCCCAUCUCCCCACCCCAGGUUCCGGUCGUGCACGAGAAACAGGACAGCGUGCUGCUCCUGGCCCAGCGCGGAGCCGAGCCCGCGGAGCAGAGGAAUGAUUCCCGAUCACCAGGGAGUAUAAGCUACUUGCCUUCAUUCUUCACCAAGCUGGAAAACACCUCACCCAUGGUUAAAUCAAAGAAGCAGGAGAUCUUUCGUAAGUUGAACUCCUCUGGUGGAGGUGACUCUGAUAUGGCAGCUGCUCAGCCAGGAACUGAGAUCUUUAACCUGCCAGCAGUCACCACCUCAGGCUCCGUGAGCUCCCGAGGUCAUUCCUUUGCUGACCCUGCCAGCAACCUCGGGCUGGAGGACAUCAUCCGGAAGGCGCUCAUGGGGAGCUUUGAAGACAAAGUGGAGGACCACGGGGUCGCCAUGCCCCAGCCCCUGGGGGGGGUGCCUGGUGGUGCCGGCACCUCGGUGGCGACCAGCGGUGAGGCCCGGAGAGAGGAAGGGGACCCGUCACCUCAUUCAGGAGGAGUUUGCAAACCAAAGCUGAUCAGCAAGUCAAACAGCAGGAAGUCGAAAUCUCCUAUCCCGGGGCAAGGCUACUUGGGAGCUGAACGGCCCUCCUCGGCCUCCUCUGUGCACUCGGAAGGGGACUACCACAGGCAGACGCCAGGCUGGGCCUGGGAGGACAGGCCUUCCUCCACAGGCUCGACGCAGUUCCCCUACAACCCCCUGACCAUGCGGAUGCUCAGCAGCACGCCCCCUGCGCCCGUCGCCUGUGCGCCCGUCGCCUGUGCGCCCGCCUCUGCCAGCCCCGCCGCCCCUCACCAGCCGAGCAGGAUCUGGGAUCGGGAGCCGGCCCCGCUGCUCUCCGCGCAGUAUGAGACGCUGUCCGACAGCGACUGACCUGCGGGAAGGGGUCCCGGGGCCCCCUGGGUGGGGGAGGGGCUCUAGUUUCUGGUGGUCUCAGUUUUAAGUGCAGGCCAAAAGCCUGCCCUCCUAGGACUUGUGCCCAGAGACUUUCCAGGAGAGCCUGGGCCACAGACGACGACGAAAUGAUGGAAGUUUAUUUCAAGAGUCAAAUGAGGGGAAAAGGCUGCCCUGAUACAGGCAGUUCAGUGGAUCAUAAUAAUAGUGGAGGGUUGGAAUGUAGAGUUUUUAAAAAGUGGAUAAUUCCUGUUCUUACAUCUGUUUGUAAAGAAAAUCAUAAUGUCUUUAAAUCACUCUUCUGUAAAUAGAUGACCUUUUUGCAGUGUUUCCCCUCGC